GUUUACACCACAUCUUCGUGUUUGUCCCUGUUUCUGUUGUUUUUAAAUUAAAUAUACACAAAAAUGUAUAUAAAUUAUUAUAAAAUUAAUUUUAAUUUACUACACUUUGCAAGUUUGACAUUGAUUUUUACUAUCAUCUCAUAUUAUCACUCUCUUCCUGGAACGUUUGUUUUCGACGACACAGUGGCCAUAGUCAAAAAUAAGGAUGUGACAAAAUCACCACUUUCUCUGCAUUCCAUAUUUACCCAUGACUUCUGGGGAGCUAAUCUCACAGAUGCCGAUAGCCAUAAAUCUUAUCGUCCGCUCACAACCCUUCUAUUCCACUUCGAAUACAGUGUGUUCGAUUUUAGGAGCUAUCACAUGAAGACCAUUAAUUUACUUCUUCAUUGUUUGAAUAGCCUCCUAGUUUUGUAUAUUUUUCAUAGAAUAACUAGAAAUAAAAAUACUGCAUUUAUUGGAGCAUUGCUUUUUGCAAUACAUCCAACUCACACUGAAGCUGUUUGCGGAGUAGUUGGGAGAACUGAGUUGCUCUUCUGCUUGUGCUUUCUGCUGGCUAUUAUUUUGAUCGACUCCAGUGAAGAUGAUUGUCCGUUGAAUGCAUUGAAGUAUCUAGGGGUUAUGAUCCUCGCCGCAAUAGGCCUUCUAUGCAAGGAGAGUGCAAUAACUAUUCUACCGUCUUGUGUACUCUACGACAUCAUUAAAAGAUCAAAAACAAAAACUAUUACCUGGGAUAAUAUUAUUCGAAAACAAUACGUGGUUUUUGGAAUAACAGCUUCGAUGCUAUUGUACUUUCGGCUUUGGAUUCAAAACUUCCAAAGCCCGAAAUUCAAUGCAAUGGAUAAUCCAAUUGCUGCUAACACCGAUGUUCUAACCAGAAUGUUGUCACAGAAUUACCUGUACGCUCUCAAUUGUUGGAUUAUCUUAUGUCCCCUUUGGUUGAGUUUUGAUUGGGCGUUAGGAUCUGUAGAGCUUAUCACUUCUGCUUUGGACAAACGUGUCAUCGGAAUUUUUUUAAUGUACUUAAUUAUUUUCAAAAUAAUCCAUACUAAGUCAAAGAUAUUACUGACUGGACUUGGAUUUACCAUUGUACCAUUUCUCCCAGCGAGUGGACUCAUCAAAGUUGGGUUUGUCAUAGCCGAAAGGGUGUUAUAUGUGCCAUCGAUUGGAGUGUGUCUUAUAGUCGCUUCAUCAUAUCAAAGUUUGGGACGGAGGAUGGGCAAAUAUAAGAAAUUAGUAUUCUUAGCGAUGGUAGCUCUUAUGAUACUCUUUACACUACGCACUCGUCAAAGAGCAAGUGAAUGGAUGACUGAAGAGCUUUUAUUCUCUUCUGCUCUGAGAGUAUGUCCGAGCAAUGCCAAGGUCCAUUACAAUAUCGCUCGAUUAGCUACCGACAAAGGAGAGCGUAAAAAAGCUUUCCACCACUAUCACAAGGCAAUCGAUCUCUAUGAAGACUACGAAGCGGCACUUAUGAAUUUGGGAAAUCUUUAUAGAGAAAUCGGUGAUUAUCAAACUGCUGAAAACUUCAUCAAAAGAUCUAUCGAAGUUCUCCAUGAAUUUCCUGCUGCUUGGAUGAAUCUGGGCAUUGUUCAAGCAAUCAGAAAGAAACAUUCCGAAGCAUUACAAAGCUAUCGUAAUGCGCUGAAGCAUCGCAAACACUUCCCAGUGUGUUAUUACAAUAUGGGCAAUCUAUUUUUGGAAAUUCAAGAAUACUCAGAGGCAAUUAAGCACUGGCAGGAGUCUGUUGCUCUCAAUCCGUACCAACCCAAAGCAUGGGCAAACAUUUUAACUCUAUUAGACAAUCAACAACUCUACGACGAUGCUAUUCGACUAUCAAAUCAAGCUAUGAGGUACCUGCCGAAUGAAACAUCGAUACUAUUUAUCAGAGCUAAUGUUUUUGGCAAAAUGAAGAACUAUGUGGAAGCUGAAGAGCUGUAUAAACGAGUACUGAAGGCUGAACCUAUGAAUGCAUUGUAUCAUAGCAAUUUAGGAGUUCUCUAUCAUCGAUGGGGUAAUGUUGAGCUAGCUACUCGAAGUUACCUAACUGCCAUUAAAAUAAAUCCUAAAUCAAAGACUGCACGAGAUAAUCUAAGUAAAUUAAGGAAAAAAUAAGAAGCGAUUGUGUUUUAUUAAAAAUUUGUGUGAAUAAAAAAUAUUUAUUUAUUUUGUA